GUCAGAGUGUUUUGAUUCUAAACAAGUGAAUCUAGUUUAAAGGAUGCUGUGAUGGAAUACUCGAAGCAUGUAAUGGACUUUGGAGCUUUGCUCUUCCAACUUCUCUCAGAAGCUUUAGGUUUGAACUCUGAGAUCCUUAAGAAGAUAGAUUGUCUUAAGGGCUUGUUUAUGCUUUGCCAUUACUUCCCACCUUGCCCACAACCUGACCUAACAUUGGGCAUAAGUAAGCACACCGAUAACUCUUUUCUUACACUUCUUCUUCAAGACCAAAUUGGUGGUCUUCAAGUUCUUCAUAAAGAUUAUUGGGUCGAUGUAACUCCUAUUCAUGGAGCUCUUGUCGUUAACACCGGUGAUUUCAUGCAGCUGAUAACUAACGACAAGUUCUCGAGUGUGGAGCAUAGGGUACGCAACAGAGAUGGUCCGAGGAUUUCAGUUGCGUGCUUCUUUAGCUCGAACCUGUUUCGAAAUUCCACGGUUUACGAACCGAUCAAAGAGCUUCUGUCUGAUGAAAACCGUGCUAAGUACGGAGAUAUGACCAUACCAGAGUACACUGCAGGAUACCUUGCGGGUGGCUUCAAUGGAAAAUCACAUUUGUCUAAAUUUAGAAUAUGAAAUAAAGACUUGUCCGUCUUGGAGGAAUGAUAAUAAGAUAUUUGUGUCAUUGUGUGUAUUUUUACUCCUAAAACAGUGUAACAAAGACAAUAGUAUGUUUUAAACAAUUUAUUUAUUUUGUUUCACUUGAUGAAACAACAAUGUUUCUUUCGUAAAGAAGAAAAAUAAAUGAUUUAUGUGUGUAGCAGAUUGUGAUAAUGAAAUAUAAAGUAACUUUCUUCAAACUACAUGAGCUUUGUCUUUGAGAUUAUGUAUCGUCAGCUAAUCCGCUAAAGAAACAAUAACUCUAGAUUUCCUCUUUGGAGGCUCCCCUAACCGGAGUUCUGUUUCUUCAGAUUCCUUUUGGAGGGUGUCGAGUUAUUCAUUCAAAUAAUAAAUAUACAUUGCUCCAAAACUUGCGACGUUCUGCAAUACAUUAUAACAAACGGAAUGAGAUUUUAUUAUCAAAUCAUUCGUCCAUUCUCAUAGACUGCAUGAUCUUGGCUUUGUAAGACCGAAAGAUCUGAAGCUGUAAAGCAGCGUUCUUUUCAUCCUAGCUAGGAACUUGAGAUAAUGAUAACUAAAAAAGUUCUGAACAAACCUUGAAGAGCUCUAUCCAGAAAGGAGAGAAAUAACGAUCCUCAGGUCCGUUGUUGUAGAUAUCAUACAGAAUAGGACUGGCAAUCGUAAAGUAAACAGCCUAAAGAAAAAGUUGAGACUUUAAAGUUAAAACAUGUGUCAUCAAGCUUUGAAUCCAUUUCUUAUAAACAUGGGAUGAACAAGAAGGAAGCCUAACCAGAUAAGCACCAAAGAUUUUUCUGAUAACAAAGAUUACGCCUCCGAUAGCUAUCAGGGAAACAAUAGUAACACUGGCUUGUCUCACCUUUAAAGAUUCAGUCCCAAGGUCAAAGAAAGAUGCAUAUAGAA